UUCCACAACCGGGAAAGAAGGUUCCUGAAAACUAUGAAUCUCAUCCCGGAGCAGGAAAAAAAAAAAGAAAAGAUAAGCACGUGACCGCCGAAACGCCCUCCCUUCCCACCUCAGUUCCAGGCUCUUGCCCCGCCCCCUCUGGUCCCGCCUAUCCGCGCAGCCUCCGCCAAUGAGAUCGGUGCCACGGAGUGCGGCUGGUCUCCAUGGGAACGCAGGAGGGAGGAGGGGGCUAGGUUACCUAGCAACCGGUAGAUGCUAAAGAGGCUCUGCCAAGCAGACGGAAAGUUCAUUCCGGAGGCUCAGGAACCCGAGCUGACCGUCCCGUACUGGGGCAGCCAACUUCUAGUUGCUUCCCAAACCUGUAAGUGGCUCUUAGCUCCAACCCAAUCAUGUCGAAUCCCCUGUGCAGGGCGGCCUCUGCCAACGCCCUGCUUACUCAGGACCAAAUAACAACGUCCUCUUCCAAAGCAAAGGGCACUAAGUCUCAAAUCAAGCAGGGUUACCCUCGUGGCAAGGAUGCAAUGCGGGCACAGGCCUGGCCCCCUCUCCGUUCCAAGGGGGCACCCCUAUCCCGUGCGACGAAGGCUUCCAUGCAAGCACAGGUGGUUGAGUUACAAAGGAAGCUACAACUAUUAGAGGGUGACCGGAAGGCCUUUUAUGAAAGUUCCCAGUGGACUAUCAAGAAAAACCAAGACACCAUCAACCAGCUUCGAGAGGAGACCAAGGCUCUCCGGACACAGCUGACAGACCUGCUCAAGGGAGAUGAGAAAAUGGUCCAGGCAAUCAUUCAAGAGUGGAAGGCAGAGAAGCCAUACUUGAAGAACAGGACUGGUCAGCAAGCCCUGGAGCACCUGGACCACCAGCUGAAUGACAAGGUGAAUCAGCUGAACGAGGCCCGGCACCAGCUGAUGCUGCGGCAGAAGCGGCUGGAGGAGCUCCAGCUGCGCCACAGCCUGCGCCAGCUGGAGAUGGCCUACGCUCAGGACAGCAACACCGAGGUGGCCAAGACCAUGCGGAACCUGGAGAACCGCCUGGAGAAGGCGCGGAUGAAGGCGGAUGAGGCCCAGCACAUCACUACCGUGUACCUGCAGCUCAAGGCCUAUCUCCAGGAGGAGAGCCUCAACUCCGAGAACCGGCUAGACUUCAUGGAGGCAGAAGUGGUCAAAACCAAACACGAGGUGGAGGAGUUGCACGUGGUGAACCAGGAGGCCCUCAACGCGCGCGACAUCGCCAAGCACCAGUUGCAGCUCCUGGAGGAAAACGUGAUCCGGGAGCGCAAGAAGCGAGAGCGCCACAUAACCGACUGCAAGAAGCGCGCGGAGGAGAAGAAACUGCAGAACGAGCGCAUGGAGCGCAAGACGCAGCGCGAGCACGUGCUGCUGCAGUCCGAGGACACGCUCCAGGACAGCCAGCGCAACCAGGAGGAGGAGCUGAAGCAGCGCUGGGGCAUGUACCAGAUGGAGGUCAUCUUCGGCAAGGUCAAGGACGCCACUGGCGUGGCUGAGACCCACUCCGUGGUGCGGCGGUUCCUGGCCCAGGGUGAGACCUUUGAGCAGCUGGAGACACUGAAGAAGGACAAUGAGCUGGAGUUAGUGAAGCUGAAGCAAGAGAAGCAGCAGCUACAGCAAGAGCUUGAAGGCCUCAAGUACUCUGGGGAUGCCAAACUGGUGAGCCAGCAGAAGUUGCAUUCAGAGAUGCAGGAGAACCUCAAAACUGAGGAGCAGCGGCAAGCAGGGGUGCAAGAACAGCUGGACAGUACCCUGCGAACCAUUCAAAUUGCCAAGGAGAGCCUCCAGCACCUAGCGGGCAAGCUGAAUCACAUCGCCUUGGAGGACAGCCGGUUCUCUGGAGUAGUGUUGGACCCCAACUCCGGGGACUACCUGCCGAACCUGCUGGGCCUCGUGGAGGAGAAGCUGCUGAAAUUGCAGAGCCAGCUGGAGAUCCACGUCGUGUCCGAGAUGCUGCGCCACGUUGCUGAUCGCGAGUUCCUGGCCAGCUUAGAAGGAAAGCUGCCCCAGUACAACAUCCGCAUCUCCCUGCCGGUGGCCAGCCCCAAGGACAAGUACUUCGACGAGGAGGAAAGUGAGGACGACGACAAUGAGGUGGUGUCCCGCACCGCACUGAAGAUUCGUUCCCAGAAACUAAUCGAAACCCGAAGCAAGAAGCGCAGCCGCUCACGUAAAUAGAUACCUGGAAACCUCGCCCACCCGGUGGCUCCAGGCCCCCUCUGCCUGUCCCCGACCCCUCUGGGCCCAGCCGCAGGCCCCCGGGGCUCGGUGGAGAAUUGGACGGGGCCUGCACGGGGCGCGGAGCAGGCCAGAGCCACCCCCCUCCCCGGAGGAGAGGAAGAGCCAGGCCAGACGUUCCCACAGUAAAUCUCCCGAGGCGGGCCAGCGCCGGCCUCAGAAUCGCGCAAUAAAGGUCACAGACCAGCCCUCUGGGUAUUCACCUCUUCUUCACCCCGCACCACCCCCCUGAGACGGCUGUGCGCCCCAGGGCUUCGCACAGCCCCGUCCCCAGCCCGGGGCUGGUGACUCGCACUGCGCAGACCCCCUUUUCCUGCUCCCCCACACCGUGCACAGCUUGGGAUGGGGGGGACCCCUCCUGCGGGGCCAGGGAC